AUGCCGUCAGAAACCCAAGAUGCACCCGGCAUAGCCGCUCUGCCUCCAACGAAACCGGCCGAUGCACCCCGACGAUGCUUCAUCUGCUUGACCGACGAAGAUCCCUCAGAUCCCCCGGGAUCAUGGGUCGACCCCUGCGGAUGCACCCUCGAAGCCCACCAGGACUGCAUGCUUUCAUGGGUAACGGAUUGUGAACGCUCCAACAAACCUCUCCAAUGUCCAGUAUGCAAGGAUCGUAUUCAGCUGGAAGGACUGUGGGAUCCUAUCGUUGUUAUGACGGAUGCCGUCGCAAACAAGUUCACUCGCGCGAGCCCUUUCAUGUUGCUCUCGUCAGUUACACUCGGAGUGCAGUUCAGUCUCCAGAUGUAUGGCGCAUUCGCUAUGUGGGCUUUCUCAGGCCGCGAGGCUCUAGUCGACUAUGUCCUUGGUCACGAGAUCUGGGUUCAUGGAGAGGCAUCCCGGAUUUUGAUGUCUGGGGGUGAAAGACUAGGCAAUGCACUGGUUUUAACCAACGUGGGACCGGCUCUGCUGGUCGGACAGCUUAUGCCAUGGUUUGGCAACAAGAUCUUUCUCUCCACAGCUUCACUGUAUGGCGUUUAUCAAGUCAUGCAUGACGAUACUUUCUUGACUUGGCCUCCAUCACCCCAACUCGCGAUGGCAGUGUUUCCGUACGUGCGGUCUGCCUACCUUAACCUCUGGCGCGAAUUUGUCUUCCCUUAUGAAGUCAACCUCAAUCGACAGAUCAUGGGGCUCCCCCCAGUCGAACCCCGACGAGAUCAGCCUCCUGCCAACGAGCGACAACCCGAACAGCGGAACGGAGAGGGCGGUGUUGUGGGUUUUCUCAAUGGGCUCAUUGAAGCUCUCGAAGGCGAUGACAUCGAUGAGGAUGGCCAGGAUGAUGAUGGCGCCGGUGGUCAAGACGCGGAUGGUGAGCAGGGCGGAGGAGUUGUUAUCGAACUGGUCAUAGAGGAGGUUGAUCGAGAUGACCAAGAAGGCUUUGAUGUUGGGCCAGCAGGACAAAACGAAAUGGCUCCACAGGGACCAGUCGACGAUGUACCUGCGCCGCGUCCGACGGGUGAGGAGGCUCAAGGGGCAGCAGAUGAGCCUCGCAACCCAGCCCGUGUUCCUGAAGAACCAGCCCAGGGUGCAGAUGCCGUCCCAGCUGUUGUGCCCGAUGCAGGAAAUGGAGAUCAAGCUGCUCGACAAAACCAGCACGAAGCCCCCCAAGCGCCGCCCGCCCGCCGACCGGGUCUAGGAACGAUUCUAUCCGGAGUAUCUAAUGCCAUAGUAAGCGCACUUAUCCUUCCUGGUGUGUCGUUUGCCAUGGGUGAGGUUUUACGCCUAGCCCUACCUAAACAAUGGACUGCUGCAUCUUCCUUUCCACGGGGAAGCACUAUGCGUCCAGGACUGCUCCAGCAACAAUGGGGGCGAAGUCUCGUCGGCGGGUGUCUCUACGUUGUACUCAAAGAUUUUCUUAGACUGUAUACCAAGUACCGCAAGGCGUCUACUCACAACUCCAAGCAGCGCCUGGCGCUCGCUAUCUGCGAUUUCCUCUCCGCUUCGACAAAUGACGGCACUCUCACCGCCGACGACAAGGACUCCAUCGAUGUGGCUAUCAACUGUAUCGCCGAAUCCUUCAAGGUCGAUCCCUCCGAUACCUCCGCUGUCCAAGCCGCCAUCGGAUCUCAGAACCUCCUCCAGAUCUACUCUGUAUUCGAGAAGGCCCGCGCCGACAAGCCCGCCGCUGCUGCUCCUACACCCGCACCCGUCGAGCUCACCGACGAGCAGAAGAAGGAGGCCGAGGCCCUGAAGUCAAAGGGAAAUGCUGCCAUGGCCCAGAAGGACUACCGUGCUGCCAUCGACUUCUACACCCAGGCUCUGGCUAUCAACGCCAGCAACGCUGUCUACCUCUCCAACCGUGCCGCUGCCCACUCGGCCAACAAGGACCACGCUUCCGCCCGCUCUGACGCCGAGGCUGCCGUAGCCAUCGACCCCGCUUAUACUAAGGCCUGGUCCCGACUUGGUCUUGCUCGCUUCGCCCUCGGCGACGCUCGUGGUGCUAUGGAGGCAUACGACCGUGGUAUCCAGCAUGAGGGUAACGGUGGCUCUGACGCUAUGAAGAAGGGCUACGAGACGGCCAAGCGCCGUGUUCAAGAGAUGGAGGCUGAGGAGGACUCUCUUCCCCGUGCUUCUCCUAGCGCCGGCGGUGAUCUCGGUGCUGGUGGCAUGCCCGAUCUCGGCAACCUUGCCAGCAUGUUCGGCGGUGGUGGUGCCGGUGGCCAGGGCGGUGGUAUGCCCGAUCUUGGUAGCAUCAUGAGCAACCCAAUGUUCGCCAACAUGGCCCAGAAGCUCAUGAGCAACCCUGACCUUAUGAACAACCUCAUGAGCAACCCCCGUCUACGCGAGAUGGCCGACCGCUACUCAACUGGUGGUGGUAUGCCUGACCUGAACAGCCUCAUGUCCGACCCUCAGAUCGGAGAGAUGGCCCGAAACAUGAUGGGCGGUGGUGGCAACCCUUUCGGAGGCGCUGGUGGUCCCGGUGCUGGUGCCGGCGGUGCCAACGGACAAGGCGGUUCGCAACAGUAG